AUGAAGAGUAAGCAUGUGCUGUUGCUCUCAAUCAUAGCGUCAGUUUCUGCUACCGGGAAUGAUACAAUUGAAUAUGCAAGCUCUUUUUUAGGGCGUUUUGACAACAUAAAUACAACGGAAAAUGCUGUCACCGACAUAGAAUCGGCAUUAAUCACAUUUCAAGAGAUGCAGAGUCUUCCUGUGAGUGGAACGGUGAAUGAAGAAACUGAGCUCCUGGUGAAUAGCCCGCGUUGUUCUGUAGGAGGGAGUAAUUUCAUGAUACAUUCAAAAUGGAACGAAACAAAGUUACGCUGGUAUUUUCCCCAAGCUCGACAGGCGCAUCGUGAUACAGUCAAGAUGGCAUUCGAUAGGUGGGAGGAGAUAUCAAAUUUGAAGUUUGAAAUUGUGUGA